AUGGCGACAUCGACGGCACCAUCGAGCUUUACGCUGCCCGGCUCUGAGCCACCGGUGGCCGUCCAGUUGACGCCAGACAUCUCCCAGGCGCAGCUACUGUCGUUCCCGGCAUUUAAGAUCUGGCUGUCGACUCUACGUCAUUCGCUGUCGCGGCAAAGCAACGCUUCCCACGAGUUCCACGUCAAACCAUACGCGCUCCGAGGCAUCACCGUCCAGGCCGUCGACUACUUUGGCGCAAAGAAGCUGGGAUUCAUCAAGUUCAAGGCAGAUGUGUCUACGGACGAUGGGGACAGGCUGCCGGGGAGCGUCUUUCUCAGAGGUGGCAGCGUCGGCAUGCUGCUCAUCCUCCAGCCAGACGAUCUCCCAGCCUCUUCUAACGAUGAGAAACACGUCGUUCUUACCGUCCAGCCACGUAUACCGGCAGGAUCACUUACCUUCACGGAGCUACCGGCCGGCAUGAUCGACGAACACGGAUCCUUCGCUGGAGCAGCAGCAAAAGAAAUCCAUGAGGAGACGGGGCUUACCAUCAAGCAAGACGAACUCGUCGACAUGAGCUCACUUACUCUGCUCAACAAGGACAAGGAUACGGAUCAGGAUGAAACUUUGCAGAAUGCUGUCUACCCGUCUCCAGGAGGAUGUGACGAAUUCGUUCCGCUCUUCCUGUGUGAGAAACGCCUGCCCAGAAAAGACAUACAACAGAUGCAAGGGAAGCUUACUGGCCUGCGGAAAGAAGGCGAGAUGAUUACGCUUAAGCUGGUGCCUCUGUCUAGACUGUGGCAGGAGGCUGCUCGAGAUGCAAAGGCCUUGUCGGCCUGGGCGUUAUACCAGGGACUAAAGCAAGAUGGUCGACUGUGA